AUGACAAUAAGGUUUCUCCCUUCUCAUGACUAUCUGGAUCUCUUUCUAGGUGCAGCCCUUCUUCUUCAGAUUCUCUUCAACGUUGACCUCCUUGUGGCAGCUCUCCCAACGGGGAUCCAUGGGGAGAAGGUAUCAGGGCUCAAGAGCAGCCCAGAAUGGAGAGCAAACCUUCAGAAAGAAUUGGGCAACAGCUUAAAGCUUUCAAGGCAACUUCUCUGUAAAACAAGAAACCUUAAACAUCUCUAUCAAUCUGAACGUCUCCCAGGAGCCCACCUCUUCCUUAUACCUCACUCUCGGCUGCUUCCCUCACCCAACCUGAAUCUGUCUACGUGGCUAACUCUUCCGGAUGCCAAGCGCUUGUCCCACAUGGCUGAGGGGCUCUCCUUCUAUCAGAAUUUGGUACAGCAGCUAAAGAGCCAUGAAGCCACAAAAGAAGAUUUCAGACUUCUUUCCCAGCUUGAAGAUCUCCGCUGUAAUCUCCGAGACUUAAGUCACCAUGUAAGCUAUCAGAUUUCACAUUGGGAGCUGUCAUUUGAAAACCGGCUGGAACCAACUCUCCAACCUCCUCAGAUCCUUCGGCAUCAGAAUCAGUGGAGCAACCGGCAAGAAGUGUACCUCGUCUUGCGAUAUCUUGAAAAUUUCCUGUGUCGUGUGACAAGGGAUUUUGUGAUGCUCAGAGUUAGAGUGGUGAAGGGAACUUUCCUUUCCAAGGAUCCCCGGACUCCCAAUUCCCACUCGUUCUCAUCCUAACGUCCUGUUCUAGGGAACGUUAGCAUGCUGACAGCCAGGCUGCUAAACCUUCUUGUCUACUAAUUUAAGAACGCUGUUUAUUUAUUAAUGUUAUAUUGCUUGUCUGGAAUAUCUAAUUUAUAUGU